GCUGGGAAGCAUCAACUCAGACAGAACUUCUCAGCAGAGUGUGAAGAGAACAACCAGUGAGAUGAAGUUACGCUGCAUGCAGUUUUCCCUGCGCUACAAGUUCAGGUCUCUCUUCGUGGCUCUCCUCUCCCUCUCUCUCCUCCUACACCUCCUGGUCUCUCUCAGCCCCAUCUUCGAGCCCCGAGAUAGAGCAGCCUGCCCUGGGCAGGGCCCCCACAAUCCGGGGGGCCCUAAAUCAAGAGGGCGCCACUCCCCAGUGCUGGUCAGAGCCCUGCAGGACUUCAGCGGCUCUUCAAACAGAUCCUCUUUGGAAAGCGCCCCAUCCAACAUGGCCACCACCCGUGCCGCCACACACAAGAUGGCAGCCGGCCCCGCCAAGCCCGCUGCAUCUAAGAUGGCGGCCCUUUUCAGACACCCGCUCUACAACAGAGAGAGGCCUGAGCUGAGAGAGGUAGACUGGCUCUUUCGAGUGAGGUCUGGAGCCGAAUUGAACACGAAAGAGAGUGGAAGUCAGGAAUGGGUGAGUGAUGAGGACGGGGGCUUUGCCCCCUCUAAGUGGAACGGCAGUGUGGAGUCGUACCCCCCCUGGCUGCGCUUUCACCUGGGGAUAAACCGCUAUGAACUGUACUCCCGACACGAGCCAGCCCUGGAGCUGCUGCUGGAGCAACUCGCUACACACAAGAUCACGAGCGCCGUUCAGAAGCCGGGCGGGACUCAGCUGAAGCUGGUGAUGUCAUUUCCAAACUACGGGCAAGCGCUCUUUAAACCAAUGAAGCAAGCGCGCGACCAGGAAACCUCGCCGGACUUUUUCUACUUCUCUGAUUUUGAGAGACACAACGCUGAGAUCGCCGCCUUUCACCUGGACAGGAUUUUGGAUUUCCGGAGGAUCCCGCCAGCUGUGGGCCGCUUGAUCAACGUCACUUCGGAAAUCUGGGAGAUUACAACGGACCGGAAACUAGCCCGGACUUUCUACAGGUCACCAGCGAGCAAUGUGUGUUUCUACGGUGAGUGCUCGUAUUACUGCAACACAGAGCACGCUGUGUGCGGCCGGCCCCACCACCUUGAGGGCUCGCUGGCUGCCUUCCUCCCUGAUCCCAGCCUGGCCAAGAGGAGGAGCUGGAGGAGCCCCUGGAGGAGAUCCUAUAGCAGGAGCAAGACAGCACAGUGGGAGACAAGCCCAGACUACUGUGCGACGGUCAAACAGACUCCCCCCUACAACAAGGGCACCAGACUGCUGGAUCUGAUUGACCUGUGCAUACUGGACUUCCUCAUGGGUAACCUAGACCGUCAUCACUACGAAACCUUUGAGCGGUUUGGCAACGACACCUUUCUGAUUCACUUGGACAAUGGCAGGGGGUUUGGACGACACUCCCAUGAUGAGAUCUCUAUCCUGGCUCCGCUCAGGCAGUGCUGCAGGAUCAAACGUUCCACAUACCUGCGUCUCCAGCUGCUCUCUCAAGAAGAGUACAGGCUGAGCGAUGUUGUCCGGGAGUCACUGUCCCAAGACCCCCUCUCUCCAGUUCUGUCCGAGCCGCACCUCUCUGCUCUGGACAGGAGGUUGGACACUGUCCUGAGAGCCGUGAACACCUGUGUGACUUCACAGCAAGGGGGAGUGCUGCAUGAUGACAUCACGCCAUGACAUCACAGUGAAGACCCACACACUCCACACCCCAGCCAUGUAAUAUAUCAGAGGUGUCUGUUUCAAGUGAGUUUCAGUUCCAGUAGGCUGUCAGAUGAUACUGGACUCUGAUAGAGACUGUACACUGUAGCUAAGGUUUACUCCAGUGGCCGGGCUGUCUUUCUGUGUAGGACAUUAUGGAAAACAGACACAGACACCAACAAAAUCAGCCGAUAGGCAUUGAGGAAGGGACCUCCAGAACAAUUUGAACACAUUGCAAACUGGGCCUCAUUUACGAAGGGGCGAUGAACUUUAUGGUGCACGACAAUUGCAAUUACCGUGCGAGUUAAUGAUUCCUGUGGGCAUAUUAUGGUGCACACUAAUUUUAUUGUGCCAUACUCUGCUAAUCAGAACGAAUCUGUGAUUUGUAUGGUAAUGCAUGGUAAUGUAUUUAAAUGAGGCACCCUGCUCUGAAUAAUGAGAUGAGCUUCAUUCCCACCGCAUUUACUAAAGGAUGAUAAUUGUAUUGUACACAUUAAAGUGAGCGAUACUUUGUUUGUUUGAACAUCAGGCUUUAAACACUGAUAGGCGUGCUAUUAAAACCUGUUUUUCUGGCCUGAAAACUAGUGUAUGUGCAGUUUGAUCCUUUUUACUGACUUGAUUCGUUUGAUUCAUUCAGUUUAGUGAAUCAAUUCAACAGAUUUGUUUGUUUGA